AAAAUGUUAUUACUGAGACAAAUAUCGAAAAAAUUACUGAGUAAUUUGGGUGGAGACGUUCGGAGACGCAGUCGACAGCUGCACAUUAAUGUGAAACCACUCGGUCAAUCCAAAUGCAAAGGAGAAGACGACACCAAAUAUCCUAUGAUCGAUCACUGCUACGACUGCGUGAUCAUCGGAGCUGGUGGAGCUGGACUCCGGGCAGCUUUCGGUCUUGGAAGUAAAGGCUAUCGAGUUGCAGUUGUAACGAAGCUUUUUCCAACGCGAUCGCACACGGUGGCAGCUCAAGGAGGAAUAAAUGCUGCCAUCAGCAACGCUGAGCCAGACAAUUGGCUCUUUCACAUGUACGACACUGUCAAGGGUUCAGACUGGCUUGGAGAUCAAGAUGCUAUUCACUACCUGACUCGGGAAGCACCGAAGGCAGUUUUCGAAUUGGAAAAUUAUGGAUGUCCAUUCAGCCGCACUGACGAUGGGAAAAUUUACCAGAGAGCGUUUGGAGGGCAGUCACUGGACUUUGGAAAAGGUGGACAGGCUCACAGAACUUGUGCUGUAUCUGACAGAACGGGACAUGCACUUCUGCACACACUUUAUGGACAGAGUCUGAAAUAUGAUGUCCAUUACUUCGUAGAAUACUUUGCCCUGGAUCUACUGAUGCAGGGGAGCCAGUGCAGGGGUGUGAUAGCCUGGGAACUCGAGACUGGAGUGAUGCAUCGCUUCAGGGCCCACCACACGGUCCUGGCAACUGGUGGCGCUGGCAGGUGCUUCUUCUCUUGCACAGGAGCCCACGCCUGCACUGGUGACGGUGCCGCCCUGACUUCCAGAGCAGGAUUACCCCUUCAGGACAUGGAGUUCAUUCAAUUCCAUCCGACUGGAAUCUACGGCAGUGGAGUUUUGAUAACAGAGGGAAGUCGUGGUGAGGGCGGAAGACUGAUAAACUCCGAGGGUGAAUUUUUUAUGGAGCGAUACGCUCCCAAUGCCAAAGAUCUCGCCUCCAGGGACGUCGUCUCACGAGCGAUAACCGUUGAAAUUCUGGAGGGAAGAGGAGUCGGUGAGAAGAAAGAUCACAUGUAUCUCCAGCUCCAUCACCUCCCGGUGGAGACGAUUCGCUCGAGAUUGCCAGGAAUUUCGCACCUGGCGUGGGUCUUCGCAGGGGUUAAUUGUGAGAAAGAACCCAUUCCCAUCAUUCCCACGGUUCAUUACAACAUGGGGGGAAUACCGACCAACUGGCGAGGUCAAGUGAUAACCCGAAAAAACGAGGAGGACUGCCCUGUUGAUGGCCUCUGGGCUGCAGGUGAAGCCGCCUGUACCUCGGUACAUGGGGCCAACAGACUCGGGGCAAAUAGUCUUCUUGAGAUCGUUGUCUUUGGAAGAGCUGUUGCUGAGCACAUCACCGAGCUCAUCCAGCCGAGAAUGAAGCAUCCAGACAUCCCCCAAGGUCUGGGAGAAGAAACGAUGCAACGAUUUGACGCCACCCGUUAUGCGAAGGGUAAAACUUCGGUCGCAGAACUGCGGGAGGAAAUGCAGAGGACUAUGCAACGCUUCUGCGGGGUCUUCAGGACUUGUGCGAUAUUGCAGAGAGGCUGCAGGGAAAUGACGAGACUCUAUACGUGUAUUUUACCUGAUAUUAAGGUGCAAGACGACUCUCUAAUCUGGAACACAGAGUUGGUGGAGGCAUUGGAGCUCCAGAACAUGAUGCUGUACAACAUGCACACAGUAUUUGCAGCUGAAAAUCGUAAGGAGUCACGUGGAGCUCAUGCACGUGACGAUUAUCCAGAGCGAAUCGACGAGUACGACUACAAAAAACCGAUCGAGGAACAAGUCAGACGGCCGUUGAUGGAACACUGGAGGAAGCACACACUCACGUGGGCCCUGGAUGACGGCUCGGUAGGAAAAAAUAAUAGGAAGUCAUUGGAAUUGAAAAAAAAAUUUUAUACCUCGUUUGCAGAUGUGCAUUUCAUACCGCCCGGUCAUUGACACGACCCUAGAUGAAGAGGAGGCGAAGCACGUUCCCCCAGCGAUACGCGCAUAUUAAUUAAUUAUCUUAUUCAAACGAUAUGCGAACAGCAAAGCGAUUAUAUUCGAUGAUCGAGGAGCGGAUAAUGGAGUCAAUGGAAAUCGAGUCUAGCGUGACCCAGGGGUGCCUCAGUAUCAACUGAUUUAUAUCUCAAUUAUUUAUUGGAGCGCAUUAAUUAGAAGAUGGAAACUGCCAUCUUUUACUCGCUCAGAUAUUAUUAAUUUUUAAAGAAUAAAUUUUCAAAUCGUAGACAUUUAUUUUCGCACAACAAUAAUCUAUUUAUUUUAUUAGUGAUCAUCCGAAACCCAAGUUUCACGGUAAUUAUUUUUAAAAUGCCAAUUAAUUAACAAACAAAAAAAAUAUGAAGAACUGACAGCCGGUACCACACACCCUGGACCGAGUUAUCAACAACCCCACAAUUUUUCACGUGCCACCCAACAAUAAUUCAAUAGACAUAUGAUAAUUAAAAAUCGUCAAUUACCAAAAACCUCACCGAACAAAUGAAAGAUUAAUUAGAGAGUUAAAAAGAUGAAAUAAAUGUUCUUCUAAUGUCAAAGUUCAAUUUCUAUCAAACACCUGUGCUCUGCCAUUGUUGGGAGACCCGCGGACGAAUUCAAAAAAUAAAUAUUCGAACAUUGGCAGCACUGUCAAAGCAGUCGUUCUCCAACGGUACUCAACCAUUAUUACCUUGUCCCCCUGGUUCUACCGUGCGAUAAAUGCGCGAGUUGAAAACGUGGAUAUAAUACUUCGGCGAAGGUGCAUUGAAAAAGUAUCGGUGAAAUAGGGUUAGUCUGCGGAGAAGCCGCCAAUCCGUUGAAUCCCCUGCUGGUAAAUUCAAUACCACGGGAGGUGGUGCUUGUGAUUGACCAACGACAACACCAAACGUACCAGGAUGAGUGGAAUACUCAAGAUAUCGUGUCUACUUGCUAGACAACCGGCUCGAACAGUG